ACUUGCGCCAGUCGGCAUUUGACGUUUGAAAAUCAGCUGUUACCUUAACCUCUUGUUUUUUCAUGCAUUCGGACUGAUUAUAUGUGCAGUUUUUUUUGAAAUAUUAAAAUUAAUAAAACUUAAAUGAAAUUGUAAUUAGUUUUCAAGAAGAAAUGCUGAUUUUACGCCAAAGCAAUAAAUUGCGUGCAUGCAUAAAUGCAUCAAAUAAUAGAUGCCUUGCUACGAAGGUGCAGCCAGCUGCACAGACCAAUAACAAUUCCGAAUAUACCGAUGAACCACAAUAUCCAGAAAUACAAGAUGUUUCGUUUAAAGCACGUAAAGUUAGAGAAAAAGAAGAUUGGUAUAAAGAGAUUGAAGAGGUACCAACUGUGGAAGAAAAGUUAAUUAAAAUAAAUAUGCCUCGUUACUAUGGCUAUAAGGUUUUUAAAUUAACUGAUGAAAAACUUCCAUAUAAUUGCUUACCCGCUAUACAACAUUAUACGAGAACUAUUUUUGAAAAUGCCGACGAAAAUAUUGCACCGGAAGCACUGCAGAAAAUCAAUAUAUUUGUAGAAGCUGCUAAGAGUGAUGUUCAAGAUGCGCUAGAAUUUGCCCAUGAGUAUUACAAGCAUAAAUAUCCUAAUACUUCUGACAUAGAUCCACAGGUGAUGGAACGUACUUUUACGCAGCUCAUCGUAGAACAAAUUAAUAGAGUACUUAUAAAUACGCUUGCAGCAGAUAUAUCUUAUUUAAAUGAAGUUGAUGUCGAUUAUAAUCCAAGACACGAAGCCUUUUGGUUUGUUGGUGGCAUAGAUCCUCCAAAGAAUGUAGUUAAAAGUAAAAAAGGUCACUCUUGGCAAAAGGAAAUGGCAAAUGAUUCCGUUGAUCGUCCCAUUCAGUACAAUGGUACACCAUAUCUGGCGCUAAGACAUAAAUAUCAAUUGCCUACAUUUAAAAGUGAUAUUGAUUCUGAAAAUAUGGAAUUAGCUAAAACAAUACCACGUUUUAAUUAUGAUCCACGCACCUUAGGUUUUGUGCCUGCCUAUCAACAUGGUACAAAUGUGCCAGGAUUUUGGCCUGGUGCUCGUAAUGGUUUUGGUUGUAUAUCUUAUCAGUCACGUGCGGUUAUGAACAUAAGACCGGCAUCUUUCGGCGAAGUGGAUUUCAAGGAAGCAUUGCAUGCACAUGGUAUUCAAACGAGUUAUGCUUGGCUACUAGCACAAGCUAAUUAUAAUGGCUUUAAUACAUUCAGUGAACUAACCUAUCCCAUGAAUACGCAAACAAUUGUAACAAAUGGAAAAGAUUGGUCCUUCUAUGAAUAUCAAUUGAAUACAUUAUUAGUACAUUCUCGACACAUUGAUGAUAAUCCGCGAGUUAACUUUUGUCGCGGCACUAAGGAGUAUCAACUUUAUCAAGAAUUUAAUGACGCUGGGAAGUGUAUUGGUUUUAAUGAUCAAGUUUUGCAACGCUUAGUGCAAUUUUAUAUUAACGUACCUACAAUACAGCGAAACAGUGCAGAGCUACAACCUUAUUUGGAUACUGAAGUUAAACAUGUUGCUGAUCACAAGAAUGUGGAUAAACGUGAAUUUCUGGAAAAAACGUUCAAGCAUAUGACAUCGAAUCGACCGCGUCAUUUGGCUGUGCCAGAAAUUUAUUUAUGGGAAAAAAUAUAUAAAAUUGAUCAUAAUACUCGACCCAUUGAUCCUAAAAGACGCUACUUUGAAGUUGGUGUAAAUCCAUGGAAGCGUACAAUGGAUCAACAUCAAAAAGAAUACAUACCACGUGCUUGUCGUCCAGAAGGUCCAAAAAGUAAAAAGAAGUUCAAACCAACUUAUUAUCCUUAGGUUAGUUAAUUGUCACUUUAUUUGCUGUUGGAAAUAUUUUAAUAUAUACAAAAUAAAGUGUAAGGCGAUAAGCAAUUUGUUUUGU